ACCGAGGGAGCAGCGUCACCGCAACACCGCGACCACCGAACACGACCAACCCAGGGCCGGGCCACGGCGUCCGGGAUGAAGCGCCGAGCCUCCGGGGAGAUGAACGCGAGGACGUGAGGCCCCCAGGCCGCCUUCGUCGCACCUGUGGCGGAUGAUGGGCUGCGGGGGGAGCAGGGCGGACGCUAUCAUCGAGCCGAGGUACCACGAGAGCUGGACCAGAGACACCGAGUCGACGUGGCUCACCAACACCGACGUGGAGGCUCCUCUGCCGGUUGGAAACAGUAAAACGUUCGAAUCGGGUCUACGCGAGAAGAGGAUGGUGACGACGGGCACCCAGUGCGGCAAACAAACGCUCCCCAGAACCAGAACCAGACGCUCCAUCAGCGAUCAAACCGGUCGUGACGCCAAGCGUAAAACGUCCAAAGAUUCGGCCGCAUUAGCCAAAGACGCUCAGUCCGUCUGCAGCGGCGACGGCGAGCCCGCCGAAACGUGCGACGACAGAUGAGGAUUCAACGACAGCGUUCGGGAUGCUGCAUUUUUUGUGCCCCCGCCCUUUGCCUCGCGCAUGCCAAAGCAAAGCUAGGGGUCAGGGAGCGGAUCCUUGCGGAACACCGCUACCAUCGGCUUCACUUCUCCCUUUCGAGAGUGCGUGAGGUGACUUUUUAGUGUUUUUCAAAAGAAACCAAAAGUGCUGUUUUGUAGAAAAACACCCGCAUGUGCCUACACUUCAUCCACUAAAAGCCUGGUGAUCACAAGUCGUGUUUGUGUUUAAAGCUUUUGUUGUUAUUUGGAGUGUUGUGUUCCUCACAUGGAUGAAGCCUCAGACAUGACAUGGAGAAAAAUACUCAUUUUGCGCUCAAAUUAUUAAUUUGUGCAAAUGAAAUGCUAUUUUCUGGACACAAAACACAAAUACGGAAGUCCCCUUUUGUAUUCAUAUAAUAAUAAUAUGUACAGUUGUGGUCAAAAGUUUACAUACACUUGUGAAGAACAUAAUGUCAUGGCUCUCUUGAGUUUCCAGUUAUUUCUACAACUCUGAUUUUUCUCUGAUAGCGUGAUUGGAACAGAUACUUCUUUGUCACAAAAAACAUUCAUGAAGUUUGGUUCUUUUAUGACUUUAUUAUGGGUGAACAGAAAAAAGUGAUCAAAUCUGCUGGGUCAAAAAUAUACAUACAGCAGCGCUAAUAUUUGGUAACAUGUCCCUUGGCCAUUUUCACUUCAAUUAGGCGCUUUCGGUAGCCAUCCACAAGCUUCUGGUUGAAUCUUUGACCACUCCUCUUGACAGAAUUGGUGCAGUUCAGUUCAAUUUGAUGGCUUUCUGACAUGGACUUGUUUCUUCGGCAUUGUCCACAAGUUCUCAAUGGGGUUUUGGGAAGGCCAUUCGAAAACCUUAAUUCUAGCCUGAUUUAGCCAUUCCAUUACCACUUUGUAUGUGUGUUUGGGGUCAUUGUCCUGUUGGAACACCCAACUGAGCCCAAGACCCAAUCAUCGGGCUAAUGACGUUAGGUUAUCUUGAAGAAUUUGAAGGUAAUCCUCCUUCUUCAUUAUCCCAUUUCCUCUCUGUAAAGCACCAGUUCCAUUGGCAGCAAAACAGCCCCACAGCAUAAUACUACCACCACCGUGCUUGACGGUAGGCAUGGUGUACUUGGGGUUAAAGGCCUCACCUUUUCUCCUACAAUCAUAUUGCUGGGCAUUGUGGCCAAACAGCUUGAUUUUUGUUUCGUCUGACUACAGAACUUUCCUCCAGAAGGUUUUAUCUUUGUCCAUGUGAUCAGCAGCAAACUUCAGUCGAGCCUUAAGGUGCCGCUUUUGGAGCAAGGGCUUCCUUCUUGCACGGCAGCAUCUCAGUCCAUGGAGAUGCAAAACACGCUUGACUGUGGACACUGACACCUGUGUUCCAGCAGCUUCUAAUUCUUGGCAGAUCUGCUUUUUGGUGAAUCUUCACCCUCCUGACCAAUUUUCUCUCAGCAGCAGGUGAUAGCUUGUGUUUUCUUGCUGAUCGUGGCAGUGACAAAACAGUGCCAUGCACUUUAUACUUACAAACAAUUGUUUGCACUGUUGCUCUUGGGACCUGCAGCUGCUUUGAAAUGGCUCCAAGUGACUUUCCUGACUUGUUCAAGUCAAUGAUUCGCUUUUUCAGAUCCAUGUAUGCAUAUUUUUGACCCAGCAGAUUUGAUCACUUUUUCUGUUAACCCAUAAUAA